AUGUCUUCUCCACAGCCCGCGACGGCAGAUAGCGGCUACAUCACCGAACCCGGCCCGUUGGAGAAUACCUACACAUCGGAUCCCAGCCUUCAACGGACACUGGCAUGGUACCUACCAUCCGCUAUAUUGCAAUCUGUACAACCGCAUUUCACCCAGUUCGGUGCCGAGGCUAUUUCCGAACAGGUUCGUGAAUGGAGCGCCGAUGCUGAGCGCAAUGUGCCAUAUGUGAAGAGUCAUAACGUUUGGGGUAAGCGAUAUGAUUAUGAUCGAUUGGUGACCACGGAAGGCUGGAAGCAAUUGGGCAAAUGGGGUGCUCGGAAUAGGAUCGUCUCGGCAGGCUAUGACCAGGGCUUAGGGGUCGACCGGCGAACAGUUCAGUAUGCGCUGAACUAUUUGUACUCUCCUUCUUCUGGGCUCUACUCCUGUCCGAUUAGCAUGACCGAUGGUGCUGCUUUUAUUCUCUCAUCGAGAAUCAAUAAGCUGCCAUCUACGCAUCCUUUCCAUACUGCGUUCCAGGGGCUGAUCUCAGAAAAGGAUGAUCACUGGACCUCGGGCCAGUGGAUGACCGAGAGAGCCGGUGGUAGCGACGUCCAAAACACCGAAACAUGGGCUACAUACUCGCCGCUAGCUACCGGCUCUGGCUCUGACCCCCUAGGUGAUGGCGACUACCUUAUCAGCGGAUUCAAGUUCUUCUCCUCAGCAACGGAUGCAAACCUUGCUCUUUUGCUCGCAAAAACGCCAUCUGGAAAGCUCAGCACGUUCCUCGCGCCAUUGCGACGGACCGUGGUAGGCGCCGACGGCGCCUCCAGAGUUGUAUCUAAUGGAGUCAGGAUCCACCGGCUGAAGAACAAACUCGGUACUAAAGAAUUACCGACGGCCGAAUUGGAACUAAAGGACAUGCGUGCACACCUCCUUGGCGAGCUAGACCAAGGUAUCGUCACUAUCGCACCUCUUCUCAACGUCACUCGACUUCAUACCUUCAUUGGCUCGCUGGCUGGCUGGCGCCGAGCCAUCAGCAUCACGAAGAGCUUUGCGAAAGCGAGGACGACUGUCGGCGAACCGCUCUGGUUAAUCCCAAUGCAUUUGCGACUCGUCGCAGACACGGAAGUAAAGCAUCGGGGCGCGAUGAACCUUGCUUGGUUCACGGUUGCUUUGUUUGGGGUGGUUGAGGAUCAAACACCGUCGUCUAAUAAGCUCGCGCAUCUACCCCAACCUGGUAAGGAAGCCGAGGUGGUUUUCCGUACCUUGACUGCCACUGCCAAGGCUGUCAUCAGUAAGAUGGCCACUGCGGGAAUUCAAGAAUGUCAGGAAUCUAUGGGUGGAGUCGGCUAUAUGGAUGAGGCCGACGAGCCCGAGUUCAACAUCUCCCGGAUUAUGCGCAAUAAUGCGGUCAAUUCUAUCUGGGAGGGUACUACAAACGUGCUAGCCAGCGAGUUUGUCCGCUUCAUUAUUAAGAAAGGCAACUUGAAGAUAUUUGGGACAUGGCUUGACCGUACCUUGACCCUGAUUCAGAGAGCAGAUAUGCGGAAUGCCCUGGCAGCUGCGUGGUCAGCUUUGCGUGCUCGUUUCACGACUCAGGAUCCCGCUUCGACUGUUGCUGAUGGCCGUCGUUUUAUGUUUACUUUAGCUUGGAUUCUAUCUGGUGCUCUUCUGGCGCUUGAUGCUGAACGUGAUAACGACUCUGUGACGACAGAGAUCGCUCAUCGCUGGAUCUUGAGUGCUGAGGGUGGCGUGGGAGAGCAUGUGUUCCAUGACAUUGUUACAGUCAGUCGCACUGCUAGCGCUACCUCUGGAGGCGAGGAACAUCUGCAAUGGGACUGCCGUAUUGCCUGGGGAGUCGAUCUGCCGGCGAACCGUGCCUCCGGUCACCGAUCCUUGCAAAAGGCGAGCUCGAAGCUUUGA